UCACCAUCAUCAUUGCAUUUCUUUUUCUUUUUCCUCCAUCACCCUUUCCUAGUUCGCUCGUGCACAUCUCCGACGAUCCCAAGUCUAGAAUCAUCACUUCUUCCAAUCUUUUCAACAUCUCUUUAAAAAUAAUCUUACAAAAAAAACGAUACAGAAGAGAACAAAAACAAGAGAAUCCUUCUUUCUUUUAAGUACAAGCAACAUAAUAAAUCAUCACCUUUCGUCCAUGGCAACUUCCGGCAACGGUACAACGACAGGGACAGGUUCACCAUGCGGCGCGUGCAAGUUCCUGAGGCGUAAGUGUGCUUCGGAUUGUAUAUUCGCACCUUACUUCUCAUCGGAGCAAGGAGCAGCAAGAUUCGCAGCUAUUCACAAGGUGUUUGGAGCUAGCAACGUCUCUAAGCUCUUGCUCAAUGUCCCAAUCCAUGAUCGAUGUGAAGCUGUGGUUACCAUCGCCUACGAAGCUCAGGCUCGUCUUCAUGAUCCUGUAUAUGGAUGUGUCUCUCACAUCUUCGCUCUCCAACAACAGGUGGCUUACCUGCAAGCACAAGUCAUGCAAAUGAAGGCACAGAUCGCCGGCCACCAGAUGUCAGCCGCCGGAGAUCUAAGAAACAGCUCGGAAAGUACUCAUCAACAAUACAUGACGUGGCAACAAACUACUGGCUCUCCUAUCGGCAAUGCAUACUCAACAGCAUAUAACCAUCAUCAUCAACCUUACUACGGUCACGUAAACCCUAAUAAUCCGGUCUCGCCACAGAACUCGCUAGAAGAAACUUUCAGCAACACGAGCAGUGACGUCACUACUACAGCUAACGUGCGAGAGACUCAGCAAACUGGAGGUGGCGUAUAUGGUCAGGGUGGGUUAGGGUUUCACGAAGGAUAUCCUAACAAAAAAAGAUCAGUGAGUUAUUGUAAUAGUGAUUUAGGUGAGCUUCAGGCUUUGGCUCUUAGAAUGAUGAAGAAUUAAGAUAAGUUGCUAACUUAUGUAGACAGACGUACGGCGAAGAAAUGAGAUGUUUUUUCCUUUGACAAGAAACAAAAAGAUAAUGAAACAUUGGAUG